CCAAUAUCGACCCUGUUAAAUGUCCACACAUGUUGUUUAUUUACCCGUUAUUCGCGUACACACUCGUUUGUGUAAAUUCCUUAGUGCCAAGGAUUAAAACCUAUUGAAUCUCAUGCUCUUCUGAUUUUCAGAAGUGAGCCUUUAAAAUGGCAACGGCAGAUGGUCAUUUGAUAGACUACAAAACCCGGAUAAAAGAAAUGUCUGAGACAAUUAUCAAUUCUCUUCAUUUGGCCGACAUAUUAGAUGACAUGGUAUCCUACUGUGCUUUGACCGUCGACGAUAGAGCCUUUAUUGAUGCUCAGCCAACUCUUGCCAGGAAGAACAGAAUGUUCUUAGAAGUAAUACUUAGUCGAGGAGACAUAGCAUGCGAAGUAUUCGUAGAUUUACUAAGAGAAAACAGCCACUAUAGCAACCUCCUUGAACAAAUUGACCGACAUGUUAUGGCGUAUGAUGAAUAUGAUAGUUCACCUAUGAAUUUACCAGAAGAGUCAAACUUCGAAAAUCUGGUACCAGAAUAUAAGGUCAGACUUCAAAAAAACUAUAAAAAGAUUGCCAGUGUGAAAUUCCAUUGCAUGUUUGAUUUUCUGCUGGCAAAAGACGUACUCAGCUUUACAGAUUACGACGACAUCCGGUCUGAAGCAACAUUGACAGAACAAAAUCGAAAACUAGUUGACAUACUGAUGUUGAAGGAUGAAAUUGCUUAUCAACGGUUCGUAGACACAUUAAGGCUAGGUGACAAAUGUCUCAGCAUUGCUGAAGAUAUCGAAACAACUGUUGUCACUAAAGAAGAACGGAAGCGACUUGCUGAACAGUUUGCAGAUAAAACAGAACAACAAAUGGUAAAACUAUCGAGGAAAGUUGAAAAAUUGUCGUCAGAAAACCAAAGAUUGAAGUCAGAGAUAGAAACCAUGAGAGAUCCCAUUCCUUCAAGCAUAAGAGAACACUUUAAAGAAUGUAUCACAGAUUGGGAACUCGAAGAAGAGCGUUAUUUUGUAACCAGAGCUACGAAUCACGUGCACCAGCUUGUAGAAUCAGUCAACUGUAUCGUCGUAACCGGAAGUUCAGGCAAUGGUAAAUCUGCACUUAUUCAUCACGUUGCUCUUCAAAUGCACAAACAAAGAAAAUACGAAAUAAUACCCUUUGUGGUAGAACUGUCAGACAUUAUUCGAUACAGUGACCCGAGAAAGCACCAGGUUUUUGUUAUCGAUGACAUUUGUGGAAAAGUUACCGUAAAUGUGCAAACUGUUGACUGGUGGUACACACAUCUUGGCCAAAUAGAAAAAAUCUUAGCUAAAGGAACUAUUAAACUGUUAGCUUCCUGUCGUUUACAAAUUUACAACGACCCACAAUUUCGAAGACUCAAGCAAUUGUUUAAUAAUGAAUGCAAUCUAUUGUCCGCAGAUUUCUCAGUUCUCCAGAAAGAAAGAAUUCUAAUCGCAGACAAGUACUUCCCAAAGAGUAUUGUCAACUAUAUCAAAGACUUAAUUGAAAUGUACGAUUUUUUUCCUUUGCUGUGCAAACUUUAUCAUAGAAGGCCAACUGUAGAUGCAAGGAUGUUUUUUACAAAACCGAUAGACGGUAUUAGGGAAGACCUUGAAGUUAUACAACAAUGUAACAAACUGCAAUAUUGUGCCAUUGUGAUGGUUAUCUUAUUCAAUAACCGGUUUAAAUUUGAGUGGUUAAAACCAAGGUCAAGUUCACAAGAAGUUAGUUCAGUCAUUUCGGACAUUUGUAGAGAGUGCAUUGUAGAUCUCAGGACUCAAGCUAAUAGGAAAGAAUUCAAAGAACACCUGGAUUCUCUUUUGAAAACUUACAUUAAAAAGUCCGACAACUCCUACCGAAUGAUACAUGACAAAAUAUACGAUAUUGGUGCCGUCGUCUGCGGACAACAUUUAUCAGAAUGUUUCAUUACACAUGCAGACAGUACAUUUAUUGGUGACAGAUUUCGAUUCGAGUCGAUAAAAGAAGAUACAUUUGUUGAUUUAGAAGAUUACUCGUCCGACGAAGACACAGUCGACAAUCAAAACGGUAAGGCAGUCACGUCUGAUGAAAAUGUUAUAUUUAUCUCUUGCGACGAAGAAGAAAUAUAUUUUGAUAGACUGAUAGAAGAUUUAAAAAGGGGCAUAACAUACAGUGCUUUUCACAAUCAACAACUACAUUAUAAUAUUUAUCGCAUAAAAUUCAUAGCUUAUCUCAAAACCAGACAAAGUGUGAUUGAAAAACUUCUCAGACAAAUUGAAGAAGAAGGACAAGAACUUUCAGCGCGCAGUUACAAGGAAAAUGAUUAUAGGAGUAUUCGAUUACCAUUAAUUGAAUCUGUAUUUGAAGGACACGUAGACAUUGUAGAAAUGCUUCUUGAUUUUCAAUGUGACAUCAACCUUUGUGACAAAUUUGGGCGAUCAGCUUUACACGUGGCGGCAACGUUAGGCUAUUUCCCAGUUGCCAAACUGUUGAUCGAUAGAGGUGCGGACACAUCUCUAAGUACUUGUAUGGGACAUUCGGCUUUAUAUGCUGCAUGUGAAGGCGGACAUUACGAAAUAGCAAAAACUUUAUUGACUCAAAAUGUUGACACUUCAAAGUGUGAUAUAUCUGGUCGAACGCCGUUGUAUAUUGUGUGCCAAGAGGGUCAUCUUAGGAUACUGAAGCUACUUCUCAGAAGUAAGGAGGAUGGAUUUCUAUGCGAUAAUGCUGGUCGAUCUCCAUUCUUUGUUGCAUGCAAAGCCGGUCAUUCAGAAAUAGUGAAAACAUUACUUGAGUCAUCCUUUGAUGUAAAUAAAUGUUCAAUCAAUGGAUUUUCCCCGCUGCACAUUGCAUGUCAACAGGGACAUACAAGUGUAGUCAAACAAAUACUUGCAAACAACUUUGACAUUCAUCAGUGUGAACAUAAUCUGCGUGCUCCCUUACAUCUCGCAUGCGAAGGGGGUCACACGAACGUUGUUAAGCUGUUGUUGCAACAAAAAGCUUCAAUUUCGAAAUGUGACAGAAGUGGACGUUCUCCAUUAUAUACUGCAUGUGAAGGCGGUCAUGCGUCUGUGGUUAGAAUGCUUCUGGACAAUAACGCCGAUAUAACACAAUGCGAUCUCAUUGGAAGAUCCCCAUUGUAUACAGCUUGUGCAUGGGGGCAUGCCGAGGUUGUCGAUAUUUUGCUUAAGAGAAAAAGAAACACUGAUGUUUUACAUGACGUCAAAGCUUACUCAGCAUUACAUAUAGCUUGCUAUUCAGGUCAUAUUGCUCCUGUGAUGCUUUUGCUUAAACACAACUUCCAAAUUUCACAAGAAGAUAAAUCUGGUCAGACGGCUUUACUCCUAGCAUGCAAAGCGGGACACAAAGAUAUCGUUAAAUUGUUACUAGACAAAAACGCUGACGUUAAUAAAUGUGACAAUAACGGCCGUUCUGCAUUAUAUGUAGCUUCCAGAGAAGGACAUUUAGAAAUAGUUCAAAUACUGCUAGAAUAUAAGGCGGAUCCUUAUGCUCCGGAUAAUGAUGGAAUGCUUCCAUGGCAAAUGGCGUGGAAAGGACGACACACUGAAAUUGUCAAAAUUUUAACAGAAAAGGAUCCUGCCAUUUCUAUUGACUUGCCGUCUGCGUCAUCAGCAAACGCUAUAUUUUCCCGCCAUUGAAACAAAGACUUCGACAUUACACAAUUCCUAUUUAUAAAAUGAAUCAAUAUUAAAAAUAAAUGUGCUAAUGAAAAACAUGUAGUAUAAUUGCUGAAUUGGAGGAAAAUGGAGGAUGAAUAUAUGUUGGAAUUAAACAUAAAACUGUGGAAAAUGUACAUAAGGUACAAGCAAAUGUAAAAAAUUUAAAGAUCACGAAGAAAUUUAAGGAUCUGAUUAUUAUUAUUCUCCUUGAGGUCACAUUAAUAGCAGACGUCAAUUUUUUUUUAAACAAUAACAUAUUUGACGACCUGACAACAAAACGUAUACUUAACUGCCAGUGGGUGCAACAGCACACUUUAAUAAAAGAAAAUACUUCAAAUGAA